AUGCGUUUGCUUAGUUUGCACCUUGACCAGUUUCUCCUUAGGAUUUCUCUAGGGGCGACCCAGUAUCUAGCCACGGGUCAGAGGACAAAGGUUGAAGCCCCAGGUCGGUCUUCCGUGUCUCAUGGACAAGACGUGGACUCCUCCAUCGCAGAGAGCGUCUUUGGGCUGUUGGAGGCCUGUGUGCCAGAGUGCGACUACUCGGGCGAAAUUCGACAACCGUCCGGAUCUUCGCUCACCGGAAUAGUUCCCACCGGCACGUACCGAUGCAAGGAUGGGAGGUUCAUGAUUAUCGGCGCCAACGGGGACUCACUCUUCAAGCGCUUGAUGCUGGCCAUGGGCCGAGCUGACCUGGCAGAGGACCCUCGCUUUGCUAGCAAUGAAGGCCGCUGUGCCCACGAGGAUAUUUUGGAAGAGGUCAUCGAGUUCUGGGCGGCUACAAUUCCAGCCUCGGAGGUGGAGUCGGCCUGCAAGCAAGCUUCGGUGCCCUGCGGGCCGAUCUUCUCCAUCAAGGACAUCAUGCAGGACGAGCACUUUCAAGCCCGCCAGUGUUUUGAGGAGGUGAAACUUCCAAACGGUCAGCUGGUCAAGGUGCCAGCCAUUGGGCCAAAGCUGUCCAUGAGUCCGGGUACCACAGAGCAUGGCGGCCCGGCCCUCGGGCAGCACAGCGACGAGAUCCUGCGGGAGAAGCUGGGCCUCAGCGAUCAGGAAUUGAGCAGCCUGCGCGCAGAGGGCGUGAUAGAGUAG